CUUCUGGCAACCCUUUGAUCUCACAAUUAAUCCCUGAUCUGUGAAACGAAAACCUAGGUGUAGUCGACGAAGCUCCCAACUUUGUUUGCCCGCAAAGGUUGAAGCUGUACAGAGAUUGCUAACUGUUCGUAAAAAGAGUUCUUGUAGUGUACAUAACAUCAGAGAGACCUUCAACUAGCAACCUGUUACAUUUAUCCUUGAUACGAUAAGGUUGCCAAAUUUGAACUGAGCUCGGCUGCGAGAAUAGGAUUGACUGGAGGCCAGACGAUUCCUGUCAUUGGCUGGGAUGGCUAAUCGGGUCACUGGAAACUCGAAAAAGGAUAUUGUAUAUUUAAUUCGACAUCUUGCCGAUAGAGCCCCCAAAUGAUUGAUAUGAUCUGACCAAUAAUUGCUUACUCAUCAUAUCAGCACCAUGAUCGUUCCUGGCCUGGUCCUGGACGAGAGCUUGUCGUCCUCGAUGCACCCACAAUUGAACCAUUCCGGUGGCGGGAACCAUUCGAACAACGGCAGCUGGAUGGAGGGACGUUACUCAGAUCUCAAUGGAGGCGACGGGGUUUUUAUACUCGACAACCUCAAUGGGUCAGAUUUCCUUCCGGGCAUUAGUGGAAGUGAGUGCUCGGGGGGUGCCACUGAGGCCGAAAUGGCUUUGUACAUUGACCUCACAUUCUGGAUGGAAGCUGUGAUUCAAAGUGUGAUUGGGGUCAUCGGAUUUUUUGCCAAUCUCAUCGUGAUUCCUAUUCUUUGCGGGGAAAACAUGAAGAGUAUCUUCAACCGCUUGCUCGCCAGCUUGGUGAUCUUCGACAAUGGGUACAUCGUGCUCACGCUCUUAGAGACAUUGCGGAGGAAUUCGCGCACCAUGGACUUUUUCAAUAUCAUCUACUGCUACGUUCUUUACCCUCUGCGGAACAUCGUUCUAUGAUGUACCAUUUAUAUGGCCAUUGCCCUCGCUUUGGAACGCUAUCGAGCCAUCAGACAUCCCAUCCAAUACCAUAAUGCGAAUGCUGGAACUAAUCCGUGGAAAAAAGCUUUUACCAACUAUUUGGGACCAGUGAUUGGAUUCUCUGUGAUCACCAACUUGCCAAAGUUUCUCGAAUUUGAAGCUCUCUAUCAAGAAAAUAUUCACGAUACGUACAAUCCAGAACUCAACACCAUAACCAAGAUGAAAGUGGUCGAAGCCGUCAUUUAUCCGACAGACCUACGCUUCAACCACAAAUACGUUCUUUGGUACAAGAACGUUACACGAUUGCUCCUCACGGGUUUGAUUCCCUUCGUGGUUUUGGUCUAUCUGAACUUCAGCGUGUUCUCCGUGAUUCGCCGACGGCGCCACCUCGAGCAUCGAUUUAUCAAAGUGCAAUCAACGGCCUUAAAGGCCGAGGCAGCCAAACAGGCUUAUGUUCUGUUCGCUAUUUGUACCACCUUUCUCUUUGGUCACAUCCUCAGAGUGGUGCUCAAUAUUCAUGAGUUCUACACUCUCGAUCAAGUUUUGGAUGGAAUGGACAAUGAUUGCUUCACCGUCAAAUUUUGGACACUUGUCACCGGAAACGUCUCGCACCUAUUGCUUACCAUUAACAGCAGCAUGAACAUACUCAUCUAUUGCUUGAUGUCCGGGGAUUUCAGGCAUAUUUUCAUCCGCCAAUUCAGUUGUUUUGGCUCUGGGAUUUGUUGUUGCAUGGAUCAAACUCGAGAUCGGCAUGCCCAGUCCACGCCCACUUCUACACCCAUGGGGGUGCGAGGCCAUACGAACUACUCGACCCGGUUGUUGGAGGUUACCGAGGCCAUUGAUGACUGCUGUGUUCCCCAGAAUAGUCCCAUAGACAAAGGGGAGACCAAGCAUUCAGACCGAAUUACGGAUCAACUUGACUCGGAGACCACCCAAGAUGGCUCGUCGGAUCUUCAACAAAUCGAGAUCACCUCCGUUCAGCCUCGAGCAAUUAGCAUCUUCGCAUUUUUGAAUCGAGCCCAUCACAAGUGGAAUGGUUGUCAGAGAGCCAAUAACGGGGACUCUCAAGACCAUCAGCAGCAUCGUCAUCAGCAGCAUCGUCAUCCUGGUGACAAUGUCUCGAUAGUGCGCUUGAAAAAAAAUCAACCCAACCAUCAGCUCAGAACCAUGAUUACCACUAUGAACGAAGCUUGGCUUCAGUGCACCACCAAAGGUGAACAUGAUGACCUACCUGGUCGACUUUCAACAGAUCAAGUGUCAGUGACAUCGGGUAAGCAAAUCCUCGAAUUGAAGCCUCGAAAAGAUUCCCACCAGCACCCGCAUCCUAACGGCCUUCUCACGCCGGAGAGCGAGUCGUACUUUGGCGUAAAUCGAACGAGCACAGCCAUCGCCAACCUACUGCCGAAUCGUGAUCAAACGGCAUUUUAGUUAAUCUGGUUUCCAAGGUUGUUAUUACUCUUUGUACCAAUGACAUCUGGUUGCUAUAGACGAGUGUAAUGGAAUGUAAAUCUGUGGUCACCUACCAAUCAAUUGAAAGUAUCUCUUGACGUUUGUCAAACAGCACACGUCAAACAAACAAAAAAAGCCAUGGCUUCGGGAGGGAGAUGGAAUCAAAUUACGAGAUGGGCUAUCGUUUUUUGAACUUCUUUGAGAGUGAUAAAGCAAUACCAUCUUUUUGUGAACUAAGCAAAACGAUCCACGAGUGGCGAGCGGAUCGCAUUGCUUUUUGUUGUGGAAUGAAGUCAGUGAGUUGCCGGAUAACCUUCAAGUCCGAAGGGAGGACAAGUGUGCUUGACAAGCUCCGUCAGCUUCUCGGCAAUUGGAGACGAUGAAACCCAGCUCAAAGUUGAGUUGAGCAGUGAUAAAAGAAGCCAAUAUUAUGAGACAAAACAACACCGAUCCAUUCAUUCAUCCCAACCGUUUCCUUGACCCCGCUCGCAUUUGUCGUUGUGUACAUUUCCAUUCAUUACCUAAUCAUGCCAUCCAUUUUGGGCUCAAAGGUUGGUUACUCUUUCGGGUGGGCAUCGGGAACAUUCACUCUUAGUGCCAAACCCACAAGGUCACUGCUACAUAUGUAGCAAUGCCUCCGCUGCAAUCCAGGACAAACUACACGACGAUGGAAUCUCAUAAUCUUCGCUCAUGGUCUCUCGUUUUUGUCUAUUAACUUGGAACAACUGGUCGUCUAUUUCACGACGAGACCGUUGUUGUUUUUGUGCGGAUGAAUCAUGAGUUAUUCAUUUCAAGCUUAAUUAAUUCUCAGGGCUCGUUUCCCGAUUUAUUCCAAAUCGAUCCCCACCCGGUGACGCAUGUCAGAGAGCAUCUCAUAAUGAUCAUCAUGUUAUUUGUGAUAGCUUUGUGAAGAGAAGACACCAACCCGACGUGAUCGUAGUUAUUCGACACAAAACAGACGUAUAUAUUUUAAUACAACCUCCAUGAUAUGAUAAUCCAUCCCUUUCAAGUCGAUGUUACAUACAGUAUGCAUAACGUGACUGACUGUACCUGGAAGAGUGUCAAAAUAUAGUACACGGCGAUUGAAGAACAAAUCGUCGCCCAAUAAAAGGCUUUUGUUCUAGACACAUUCUCCCGGUCUCGUUCAAA